AUGGGUGGUCUGGGUUUCAGGAAUGUUGAUGAUUUUAACACGGCUUUUUUGGCUAAACAAUUAUGGCGACUAAUUGAGGUUCCAGACUCUUUGUUCGCCAGGGUUUUCAAAGGUAGAUAUUACCGGAAUUCCAAUCCUAUGGAUCCGAUACGGUCCUACUCUCCUUCCUAUGGAUGGCGGAGUAUCGUAUCUGCUCGAUCUUUGGUUAACAAAGGGUUAAUUAAACGGGUUGGCUCAGGAGACACCAUUUCUAUAUGGAAUGAUCCCUGGGUUCCAGCUCAAAUCCCAAGACCAGCUUUAAGUAACGGUCCGUUUAAGGACCCAACUCUUUGUUUGACUCAGUUCAUGGAUCCUCAGACGAAUACUUGGCAUCGAGAUCGGCUCUUUGAGCAUUUCAACCCUGUGGAUGUUGCCUUGAUAUAG